AUGGACGGGCUCAGGGGGGGUGGUGGCGCGGAGCGCCCACGCAUCCCCUGGAAGCAUGCGGCCAAGCAGGACUACCAGCAGCAGCAGGACGCCGCACUCUUCAAGGCUUGGGCCGUCUACAAGGGGAAGUACCACGAGGGGACGGACAAGGCUGACCCCUCCACCUGGAAAACACGUCUCCGCUGCGCCCUCAACAAGAGCACCGACUUCCAGGAGGUGCCGGAGCGGAGCCAGCUGGACAUCUCCGAGCCCUACAAGGUGUAUCAGAUCGUGUCCGACGGUGCCCGGGACACAGAGAAGGACGGUGACACGCGGUCCCCAGCUAGCGAGGAUCAGCAGGGCAGUGCCGCGGGGAGUCUGGAGGAGGAAAGCCAGAAGGGCACGAUGGAGACGUGCCAUGUGUCUCCGCUGCCCCUGCUCUCUGCCCACCCGGCCGAGCGAGGGUACCACAUGAGGGGAGUCUUCUACGGCUGGAACCCGACCCACGGCCAUCUCCUCCCCGGACCCCCGUCCUACCUGCCUGUGGAGGACGUCAACCACUCAGACUGCUGGCUCCACGUCCGCCUCUACUACUGCGACGUGCUGGUGAAGGAGGUCACCACCCGCACGGCCGAGGGCUGCCGCAUCACCUCCCGCGCCGUGCCGGCUGACAGCGAGCGCCUCUACGGCCCCUCCUGCAUGGAGCAGAUCGAGUUCCCCCCGCCACGGGCGCUCGGCAGCAGUGGCCGGGUGGCCAGCAUGACCGACGUGCUGGAGCGGCUCCUGCCCCACCUGGAGCGCGGCGUGCUGCUGUGGGUAGCGCCCGAGGGGGUCUUCAUGAAGCGCCAGUGCCAGGGCAGGGUGUACUGGAAUGGGCCACUGGCCCCACACAGGGACUGGCCCAACAAGCUGGAGAGGGAGAAGACCUACAAGCUGCUGGACACGCAGCAGUUCCUGCAGCAGCUGCGGGGGUACCUGAGCCACGGGCAGCCCACGCCACAGUACCAGAUCCACCUGUGCUUCGGGGAGGAGUACCCCACUAGCGCCAGGCACCACUUCCAGAAGCUCAUCAUGGCCCACGUGGAGCCGGUGUUUGCGCGGGAGCUCUUCCAUCACGCCCAGCGCAUGGGGCCGACGCUGCUCCGCGACUCCCCACAGCCCUGCACCCCCGGAGCCUCCAGCCACAUCAUCCGUGUCCUCAAACAGCUCUGCCAGCCCUGA